AUGGAGAGGCUGCUGCAGGAGCUCAGCUCAGCUUCCAAGCUCUUAAUUGACUAUAAGGAGAUGUAUGAGUAUGAGAACCGUCUGAAAACCUUCACCAAGUGGCCCUUCCAGGAAAACUGCAGGUGCUCUCCAGAGAAUAUGGCAAAGGCUGGCUUCAUCCACUGCCCAAGUGCAAGUGAACAAGAUAUAGCAAAAUGUUUCUUUUGCUUGUUAGAACUGGUGGGCUGGGAACCAAAUGAUGACCCAUGGGAGGAACACACCAAACGUCACACCUGUGACUUCUUAGCCCUUCCCAAGCACUUUGAUGAUCUGACAAUGGAGGAGUACUACAUGCUGGAGCUGACACGGCUGAAGACCUUCAUUCGCAAAGUUGGCAACCGCACAAUAAACGCUUUUGAAGAAGAAGUCGCGGCGACGAGGCAGAGGCUGCAGAAUUACUUCGGCUCCGGAGCCUCGCUGCCGGCACUGCCGCCUGUCGGGGAUGAGCCUGCAGCCCAGGAGCCGGGAGGCUCAGCUGCCGGCCCCACGGAGCCCAGGACAAGUGAGCUGUGA